AUGGACGUCGUCGCGGCGGUUUCGGGGUAUAUCUCCAAGAUGGUCACGGCAGGGGAUCCCUCGACAUCGGGCUCCUCAACGUCGGCCAAGAUGAAGAUCCUGCUUUUGGAUAGUGAGACGGUCACCAUUGUGUCGACAGCCAUCACCCAAUCCGCCCUGCUGAAUCACGAAGUGUACCUGAUCGAUCGGUUAGAUAAUGCGGCUCGAGAGAAGAUGCGGCAUCUGCGCUGCCUCUGCUUCGUGCGCCCAUCCCCCAGCUCCAUCCAAUUCUUGAUCGACGAACUUCGUGAACCCAAGUACGGCGAAUAUUACAUCUAUCUCAGCAACAUCAUUCGCAAGUCGUCGCUCGAGCGCCUCGCUGAGGCAGACAGUCAUGAAGUGGUGCGUGCGGUGCAGGAACACUUUGCGGACUUCAUCGUGAUCAAUCCGGAUCUGUGUUCCUUAAACCUCGGCUUUCCUCAACAACGGUUGUGGAGUCACUCUCCAGACCUGUGGAAUGCAGAUGCACUGCAGAGAGCCACGGAGGGUAUAAUCUCUAUUCUGUUAGCUUUGAAAAAGAACCCAUUGAUACGCUACGAGAAAAACAGUCUGCUGGCCAAAAAGCUGGCUACUGAAGUUCGGUAUCAGUUGACUCAGGAAGAGCAAUUGUUCAAUUUUCGCAAGACCGACACGCCGCCAAUUCUUUUAGUUCUAGACCGACGCGAUGAUCCUAUUACACCUUUAUUGACCCAGUGGACGUACCAAGCGAUGGUUCAUGAAUUGAUGGGCAUUCAUAACGGAAGGGUUGACCUUCGAGACGUACCGGAAAUCCGACCGGAGCUUCGAGAAAUUGUCCUCUCGCAAGAUCAAGAUCCUUUCUUUAAGAAAAAUAUGUAUCAAAACUUCGGCGAUUUGGGUCAGAAUAUCAAAGAAUACGUCGAACAGUAUCAGGUGAAAACUAAGAACACAAUGAAUAUCGAGUCGAUUGCGGAUAUGAAGCGGUUCGUGGAGGAUUAUCCAGAGUUUCGCAAGCUUUCUGGAAACGUCAGUAAACAUGUUACUCUGGUCGGGGAGCUCAGCCGGCGAGUCGGCGAGGAGGAUCUCCUCGAUGUCAGCGAAUUGGAACAAAGCUUGGCGUGCAACGAAAACCAUGCUAGUGACCUCAAGAAUCUACAGCGGAUAAUACAACUCCCAUCUGUGCCGGCCGAAAAUAAGAUACGUCUAGUGGCACUAUACGCCAUUCGAUACGAAAAACAACCGAAUAAUGCACUACCGAUCCUGCUUGAUUUACUGGUCACCGCGGGAAAUGUACCGUCGUAUAAAGUGAACACCAUUCCAAAACUACUCGCCUACCACCAUUCUCUUCAGGCUCCUCCAGUUGCUGGAGGUUUCUCUGACCUGUUCGAAUCGACUUCCUUUUUCUCUGGUGCUCGAGAUCGUUUCAAAGGGCUGAAAGGUGUUGAGAAUGUCUACACCCAACACUCACCGCGCCUAGAGGCCACUCUUCAAAAUCUGAUCAAGGGCCGGUUAAAGGAGCUACAGUAUCCUUUUCUCGAAAGUGGAGGUCACAUCCGGGAUAAACCCCAGGAUAUAAUCAUUUUUAUGGUGGGUGGCGCGACCUAUGAAGAAGCCAAGAUGGUGGCUCAGGUGAAUGCCAGCUCGCCUGGAGUACGAGUGGUUCUUGCUGGUACAAGCAUACACAACAGCACGAGUUUCUUGGAGGAAAUUGAUGACGCUAUCUUCGGUGCGACAGGCCAUAUGGGCCGCUCCCUUGUCAAGACCGCAUUGUCCCGCGAUGACCUUGUCGCAGCUGUGGGGCGUACAUUCGAGAACAGUCCGGAGUGCAUGAAGAAGCUCGAAGAAGAGCAUGAUAACUGCCUGGGACUUCUGUGCGAUGUCCGUGCUAGAGAGACCGUCAAACGAGUCAUCGAUCGCACAAUCGAGCGCUUUGGCCGUAUUGACAUCAUUGCCAACUGCGCCGGGUACGGUGUGAUCGGGGCCUGCGAGGAUCAAGACGAAUAUGACAUCCGCGACCAAUUCGAGACAAAUUUCAUGGGGACGCUGAACAUGAUUCAGCUAUCCCUGCCGCAUUUCCGUGAGAGGAGAUCCGGUCGGUACCUAAUCUUCAGCUCAACAUCAGGCGCCUUAGGCGUUCCCGGAUUAGGGCCGUACUGCGCAUCAAAAUACGCCGUCGAAGGAUUGAUGGAAAGUAUGCUGUACGAAGUGGACAAUUUUAACAUUAAGACCACCCUCGUGGAGCCUGGACACAUGCGCCGUGAUGAUAUCGGCGAUCUUGUGUCUGAUACUGCGAUGCUGGCUAGUCAGAAUGACCACGACCUCGCGUCGCCCCUCCCCCUUUACGGUCAUUUUUUUGUCAAGCCACCGAGCGAACCGUACAACACGCCCACUGCGCCGGCGGCGCAUGCAAAACGCAUGCUAAUGUGGCUGGGCGAUAAGCAACCUGCCAGCGCCGUGAAAGCUGCCUAUCUCGUUUGGGAGUUGGGUCAUUGCUCCUAUCCGCCUCUCCGACUUAUUCUUGGCACAUAUGCUGUGGAAAGUAUUCGGGAUAGACUAAAGUGUAUCAUUGAAGAAAUCGAGGAUUGGAAAUACCUAAGCUUUCCCCAUGGUGACCAGCACCCUUCACCCACCAAGGAUAAAAUGCUUACAAACGCACGAGAAAACGAAGCGGGAGAUACGGCGACGUGA